AUGCAAUCUUCAGUUACAUCAACAGCUAGAAACAAUCGUGUACUAUCCACAUCUAGCAACAGUAGCAAUAGUAGCACACACAGCAAUCCUGGAAAGCUCAUGUCAAUUUCAUCCAUCAUUGCUGCUUCUCCUCCCAUGUAUGCGUCCUCCUCAUCCACAACUCAUAAGCUAUACCACAAGGAAGCCAUGGAGCGUAGAGCAUCUGCACCAAGUCAUCCUUACAAUCACCCUCAAAGAUACCCUUCCGCUUUCUUUCGUUCGCCACCCACUUCGCCUGAAGACAAAUUAUUCGAAUCCUCUGUCCCUUCAUCACCCCCUUCUUCUGUUUCAUCUUUAUCGUCGCCGAAGCGAUCCUCUUAUCACCAGCACCAGCAACAACAGCAACAACAGCAAAACCAGUAUAAACUGCAGCAUGAACAGCAGCAAAGACGUAUCAGUAAGCUCAUGCUAGACGAUGACGAAGAUGAUGAUUUAAUGGACGAUCAAGACCCAUCUCAACCACCAUUGACACUGCAAGAGCGUAGGUUGAGAAACAAAGCAGCAUCAGCUAAAUAUCGUCAAAAGAAGAAUCAGCAGCAAAACGAAAUGAGAUUAAUGAUUGGCCGUUUAUCAGAGCAAAAUGCAGUGCUGGAACGUCAAUUGCAAGAAGUUCGACAUGAAAACGAACGACUAAAAGCAACCACUGAUAGAUUAAGGGGUAAAAUGGUUGCCAAAAAGAUGCUCAAAAAAUGGAUUGGCAGACAAUCUUCUACUGCUGCCGCCGCCGCUGCUGCUGCUGCUGCUGCUGGUGGAAACGCCAAUCAUGCCUCCUCUGAUGUCCCUAAACAUCACCACCAUCAUUAUUCAAGUGACAAUAAUGGCAAUUUCAACUACUCUGCAUUAUCCCUUAGUAGUAAUAAUAGCGAGCAUGAUGACGGUAUCAAUGCAGUCGUUGCCACAAUUUCUAGUGAUCAUGAUGAAGAUGAUGAGCUUGAGAGCAUGAGUUCAGAGUAG